GUUGCAGGCUUGUUGCCAAAACUCUUCAGCAUACCCAUAAACUCCCAACAAUGUUUUUUUUUUUAAUUAUUAUUUUUUUUUUAGAAAGCAUGGUUUCCAAAUGGAACCCCAAAAUUUCUCUCAGCUCCAGUGGUGAACUUAUGCUCAUUGCGAAUUGAGAAGGAUCAGAAAUCAUCAGUAAGACAAAGUAAUAUCAUUCACUGUGAUGUUCAGCCAGUGAACAGCUUCGACUUCUUAUGUGCUCAAGCUGCGCAGAAGCUGAAAUAUUGGACAUUGGACAGCAGAUUGUUACUCCAUGGGAGCCUGGCAGCCCCGAGCUUGUAGGACCAGUUCUGCUGCUCAGACACAUGCUCAUCCGGGAAUUUGAAAUUGUAGUAUGCUGCAUGAUCAGGAUGGAGAUUUAUUACCUGAGUAUAAGAGCUCUGGCUCAGCAGAUGGAGAAGAAACAGGAGUAUGAAGCUUUUCUGGCAGAUAACGAGCACAACCAAGCUGUUCACCCCCCUCUAGGAGCCAUGGAGGUUGAUGUCAAGACAUGGCAACUAGACGAAUUUAUUGUUAACUGUGUUGUGCUGCUCAGGCUGUUGGAGAGAACAAAAAGGACAGACUUGAUCAGAGGAGGAUAAACAGGGAAAUGAGUGUGGUGAUGUCAGAACAGGCCCAGCAUGACACAGCCCUCCCCACAGGUACGCCAUACACUGUUGUACUGUGCAGACUCAUCAGAAAGCAGUUCCCACAACAGGAGGCUGGCAACUGAGCCUGGCUUUCACAGAAAGGAGCAGUCUAAACUUUGAGGGUAUAUAUCCAGAAGCAUGCAGUCAAUUACCUAAAUGUCUAUAUGCUUCAUGGAUUUCUUUGUAUGUUCAGAAUGUGGAGACAAGAUAAACAUGACAAUAAUAAAAGAUUGUUUAAGGUUAACAUGAAAACUUGUUAUUUGUGCUUAAAUACAUUGUUGAGUUGUGUGUGUGUGUGUGUGUGUCUGUGUUUUUUGGGGUGGGGGCAAUAGAAAGUGGAGAACGUCUAGUGGUCUAGUUGUUGAAAAAGAGAAUGAAGGACAGAUAUAAAACACACACAUAUAUUGAUGCUAAUAUAACACUAAAUGGAAAAACUAAAAAUGGGAAAUGAAUAAUAUGUGAUUUCUAAUGACUAGGAGCUUAGAGGUAACACAUCAUGACUAGACGACGAUGUUCCCCAUGGUUCACCUGCAGGAGUGUGUGACUGACCCUGGCUGUGCUAUGAUGGACAGUGAGUAUAGUAGCUACUUGCUUUACUUACAGUUCUACAAGCACCUAUUACAACAGCAUGGCGAGCUGUUCUAUCAAGGAGACUCCUCACCUCUCCAUUAAUUCAGAGAUCCUCUAAUAAAUUUUUAUCUAAUGCUCAAGGACAUAAAAAAGUUCAAAACUACAAUUGCAAUCAAACAAUCGCUACAAUAAAGUAUGCACAGUAUGCCAGCGUACAGACACAUAUAAUUCAAAGAAAGACUAAUAACGAUGUUAUUGAAGGUAACUGUGGAAUGAUGGUUGAAGUUGUACGCCUCAUGCCAAUUAUUAAGUUGCAAGAAUAGCAGAGAUGUGUCCUAGACUCUUCAUGAAUGCACAAAGUGGAUGAAGUGCAGAACCAACUCUCCAGCAUUGAGGCUACACUGUCAAAACAUUCUUCUCCUUCAGGUGCUGACAGUGUCAUUUAUUUUUAUCAAGCUGCACUUUCUAUAUUUCUAUGUCUGCAGAAUAUAAGACACUAUCCUCUAGCAGAUAUAGUAGUAGAAAUACACUACAUGGGGAAAAGUAUGUGGACACCUGACCAUUACACCCAUAUGGCUUUUUGAA